CUUUGCCUCUCCCGCUCCCUCCCCUAUCUCUCCCCCUCUCUCUGCCUCUUCUUUCUCGCCUCCAGUCUCACCUCUCCCUUUUCUGUCUCUUCCCUGAACUUGAUUUCUCUUUCCUUUUUUCCACAAUAUCUAUGUCCUCAACCCUUGAACCCGGUACCCUUUCCUUAUGGGUAGCCCCUCGUCCCCAGAAGAUUGCAGAGAGCUGGGGGGUGGCCCGCAUAGUAGCCUUUGUGCCAGGUUGGUUGAGAAAGCAGACAAAGAUCCUGGAGAGGGUCAGGGGCCAGGUCGUGGGCCCAUAAUUACCAGGACAGCCUCGGGGCCCACCUUGGAGUUCUGGCAAGCUGUGCUGGUCGGGGAUGUGGCCUCUGUCUCCCAUCUCUUGGCCUCCCCUGGCACUGGCCUCACCCCGGAUGUUGUCUUUGACACCAGCGACCCAGAGAGAUGGAGAGAUUUCAGAUUCAACAUUCGAGCUCUGAGACUUUGGUCUCUGACCUAUGUGGAAGAACUGACCACCCCGAUACAUGUAGCAGCCAGCCGAGGCCAUGAGCAAGUUCUCCAGCUGUUGCUAAAUCGAGGAGCCCAGCCAGAUGCUGCCCCCGGGGGUCGCACUGCCCUGCAUGAAGCAUGUAUCUCUGGCCAUGCACCCUGUGCCCGACUGCUGCUUGUAGCAGGAGCUGACCCUGAUAUUCCAGACCAGGAUGGGAGGCGCCCUUUACACCUGUGCCAGGGGCCUGGUGCCCUCCAGUGUGCAGAGCUGCUGUUGCGUUUUGGUGCCCGCGUGGAUGGUCGAUCUGAGGAAGAAGAGGAGACCCCUCUCCAUGUGGCUGCCCGAGGAGGGCUGGUAGAGCUGGCUGCAUUACUCUUGAGGAAGGGAGCCUGCCCAGAUGCCCGCGAUGCUGAAGGCCGGACCCCUCUUCUGGCUACCUGCUCAGUACCUUUCCUUCCCUCGGCUGAGGCUGAGGCUGAGGUGGCCACCUCCAGGUGUCUCCGCCUGUGCCACCUGCUUCUCUCUGCAGGCGCCGAUGCAGACGCCAUGGAUCACGACAGGCAGCGGCCCCUGCAUCUGGCCUGUCGUCGUGGCAAUGUGGCUGUGGCUGAGCUACUCCUGUCCCGAGGGGUCAGCGUCAAUGCCAUGGACUAUGGUGGCCAUACAGCCUUGCACUGCGCCUUGCAGGGUCCAGCUACUGCCCUGCCCUGUAGCCCAGAACAAGUGGUCCGAGCACUGCUCAAUCACGGUGCUGUCCGAAUCUGGCCUGGAGCCCUUCCCAAGGUGUUGGAACGCUGGUGUGAAUUUCCCCGGAUAAUUGAGGUUUUGAUAAAUACCUACAGUCUUGUGAAGCUGCCUGGGGAUGCAAUGGACUUUAUACCCCCAGAGGUCCUGCAGAAGCAUCGAGAUUUCUACUCUUCCCUCUUCACCCUGGUGGGUCGGCCAAGAUCCCUGAAGCACCUGAGUCGUUACGCUCUACGGUCUCACCUGGCUGGUUGCUUGUCCGAGGCACUGCCCCAGUUACCCCUGCCUCCUUGCCUCCUUCGCUACUUACAGCUAGACUUUGAGGAUGUUCUCUAUUAGAAAUUCCUGGAAAGAUUACCUGGGAAACAGUUCAUCCAGCCCAGCCCCCCCAGAAGCUGUAACUAGAGAAGUGGGACUGUGGCUUUGAUUCCCGGGUGCUGACAUCCAGGGAUGUGCUUCCACGGUAGUCCAGAGACCAAAGAUCCCAAAGUCCUUCACUUGCCUGCCCUUCCAUCACUGGCCAUUCUCACCUAGCCCCAUGCUACUACCCACAAGGAUUCUAUCCCCAUCGGUACCCCUCUCCCAAGGUCCCUCCUACGUCUAAGACCUUGAGGGGAAGUAGUUUAGACUCUCUUUGCCCCCGCUUUUAGCCCCGGGUGAAAGAAUUCCUAGUUAGAAUUGUACCUCCCUGGCUCCCUGCCUAAAUCUGAGUCCAGGGAAACAGAGUGCCUGGGGCCAACUCUGGGCCUGGCUUGCCCUAUGGAGAAAGAUACUGGGACUGCAGACAACUGAUACCAGAAGGGCAGAAAGAUGCUGGCACUGGAAAAUGGAGAGAAAAGAAGACUGUAACAGAAUAUUGAUAGAGGAGGACGAAAGAGAACUUCAUUUUGGGGUGGUUUCCCUCGGUAUCUAUGGGAGCUUUCUUCUUUGUAUUCCCCUUUCCUUGUUGCAGUCUAUCCUUUCCCCAUUGCAGUGCAUCUUUGCACAUUCUCCUUUAAACUCAGGCUCUGGACGUGCAUUAAAAUGUACAGUGUUGUCUCUUGUUUAUCUCUCUGUACUGGCUCGCCUGGAAAGGACAUAUGCACAAGUAU